ACUAAAUAGUAAACACAGCUGAGCUUGAGAGCAAUGUUUUUAUUAUAUCAAAGCAUUAAAUAAUAUAUUUGACAUCAGUCAUAUAAAAUUUAAAAUUAAAUAUAUAAAUGUUUUCUUUUCUAAAUGUAUAAUAGUUUACCUAAAUUGUUUUAUCAUUUCCUUAUUUAUUUUUAAGUAUGAGUUUGCGUAGGUUAAAAGAAAUUGAAUUUAUAACACCUGAAAAAGGGAAAAAACAUAGAAAGAAAAUAUAUCAAGAAACCUGGGAGAGCGAAUUUGAAUGGCUGAACAAAAGCAAAAAAGGAGAUUUUUAUUAUUUUUGUACCAUCUGUAAUUACAACGGAACUGCGGGUAGAAGCGAAGUACAAAGGCAUUCUAAAAGUAAACGGCAUAUAGCAGCAACAUUCAGUUCGAAAACACAAUCUAGUUUAUUUUCAUCUAUUACAGAAAACAAUUUGCCACAAAUUGAUGUUAAAGAGACUGUGCCUUUCGAGGAAAAAGGUUCUUACGAUAAUGAUGAACAUGUAACUGAAGAACAAUAUACUUUGCCUUUCGAGGAAAAAGGUUCUUACGAUGAAAAUGAUGGACACGUAGCUGAAGAACAAUUUAAAACCCAGAAUAAACUGUUGGAAAAACAAGCACAAAUUUCAGCUCUAGAGGUUCUUACGCUAGCAACAAAUUUUGUGACUGAACAAUUAAAAUUAAAGGAAGUAUCAAAGGAGAAAGAAUUCUGCAACUAUUUAUGCAGUCAAUUGAAGAAAAUUAAAUCGGAAAAUAUAUUUGAGGACUUAAAAAUGGAAAUAUUGCAAUUGGUAUACAAUAAAAUAAAAGAGGAAAGAGAAACUAAAUGAAUUCUUUCAUUUGAAUCUGAAUGAACAAUUAAUUCAACCGGAAGAGAAUUUUUACGUUGAACAAUAAUUCAUGGAACAAAUUAUAACGUCGAUAUAAUCGUAAGAAUUCACUUGUAUUUCCAAUACGCUUUCUGGAUUCCAUUGGGGGUCAUUUUCCUGACUAAAUUAAAUGAAAUAUCUUAUUUUAGAAUUUGUAUAAUUAAUUUUUUAAUAAAAAACUAUAUUUAAAAUUUUCUAAA